GGGCUGCAGGAGGCUGCGUGGCUCGGGCGGGCUGCCGGCUGCCCGCUGCGGGCAGCGGGCUGCGAGCGCGGCGGCGGGCGGCAGGAGGCAGCCUCGGCCCGGCGGCGGCGGCGGCCGCGCGGUGAUGUCAGUGGCGGCCGGCUGGCAGCAGCGGCACUUCCUGUAUCCAGCGGGCGGGCUGCAAACCCCGCUUGCCAGUGUCGGCCUCUCGACUGGAGGAGGAGCAGGGGGAGGGCUGUCAAAUUCGGGAGCCAGAUUCGCCCCUUCCCCUGGCAAUCUCUUCCGCCUCCCGCUCCUGGCGUGACAUCUGCGGGCCAGGGACCUGCACGUGUGCACGCGCGGAGGAAGAAUGGCAGUGCUCAAGCUCGCCGACCAGCCACCACUGGUCCAAGCAAUCUUUAGUGGUGACCCAGAGGAGAUACGGAUGCUCGUCCACAAAACUGAAGAUGUGAACGCCCUGGAUUCUGAGAAACGAACCCCGCUUCAUGUGGCUGCGUUUCUGGGAGAUGCAGAGAUUAUUGAACUUCUGAUUCUGUCAGGAGCACGUGUAAAUGCCAAGGACAACAUGUGGCUGACCCCACUGCACCGUGCUGUUGCUUCCAGAAGUGAAGAAGCGGUCCAAGUAUUGAUUAAACACUCAGCCGAUGUCAACGCAAGGGACAAGAACUGGCAGACCCCCCUCCAUGUGGCAGCAGCCAAUAAGGCUGUCAAGUGUGCAGAAGUGAUCAUACCCCUGCUGAGCAGUGUCAAUGUUUCUGACCGAGGCGGGCGUACAGCCUUGCACCACGCAGCUCUGAAUGGCCAUGUGGAGAUGAUCAAUCUACUCUUGGCCAAAGGGGCCAACAUCAAUGCAUUUGACAAGAAGGACCGGCGUGCUCUGCACUGGGCUGCAUAUAUGGGCCACCUGGACGUCGUGGCCUUGCUUAUUAACCACGGGGCAGAAGUGACAUGUAAGGAUAAGAAGGGAUACACCCCCUUGCAUGCUGCAGCCUCCAAUGGACAGAUCAGUGUCGUCAAACAUCUCCUGAAUCUGGGGGUGGAGAUUGAUGAAAUCAAUGUUUAUGGGAACACUGCGCUUCACCUGGCUUGCUACAAUGGACAGGAUGCUGUCGUUAAUGAGCUGACUGAUUAUGGUGCUAAUGUGAACCAGCCCAACAACAGUGGGUUCACCCCUUUGCACUUUGCUGCAGCUUCCACACAUGGUGCUUUGUGUCUUGAACUGCUAGUAAACAACGGGGCAGAUGUUAACAUCCAGAGUAAAGAUGGCAAAAGUCCACUGCACAUGACAGCUGUCCAUGGCAGGUUCACACGGUCACAAACCCUCAUUCAGAAUGGAGGUGAAAUUGACUGUGUGGAUAAGGAUGGCAAUACUCCUCUCCAUGUGGCUGCAAGAUAUGGUCAUGAGCUUUUGAUUAACACUUUAAUAACCAGUGGAGCUGACACAGCCAAGUGUGGAAUCCAUAGCAUGUUCCCUUUGCAUUUAGCUGCCCUAAAUGCUCACUCUGACUGCUGUCGAAAGUUGUUGUCAUCAGGACAAAAGUAUAGCAUAGUAUCCUUGUUUAGUAAUGAGCACGUGCUGUCUGCAGGCUUUGAAAUAGACACCCCAGAUAAAUAUGGAAGAACGUGCCUUCAUGCUGCUGCUGCAGGAGGUAAUGUGGAAUGUAUAAAACUCUUGCAGAGCAGUGGAGCUGAUUUCCACAAAAAGGAUAAAUGUGGGAGGACUCCUUUGCACUAUGCAGCUGCAAAUUGUCAUUUUCACUGUAUUGAGACAUUAGUGACCACAGGGGCCAAUGUUAAUGACACAGAUGACUGGGGACGGACAGCGCUGCACUAUGCUGCUGCAUCAGACAUGGAUAGAAAUAAGACUAUUUUGGGAAAUGAUCAUGAAAAUUCAGAAGAACUUGAACGAUCCAGAGAGCUAAAGGAAAAGGAAGCCUCAUUGUGUCUAGAAUUUCUGCUUCAAAAUGAUGCCAAUCCAUCUAUCCUGGACAAGGAAGGUUACAAUAGCAUACACUAUGCAGCUGCCUAUGGACACAGACAAUGUCUGGAAUUGCUUUUGGAAAGAACCAGUGGUGGCUUUGAAGAAUCAGAAUCUGGUGCUACCAAGAGUCCACUUCACUUAGCUGCCUACAAUGGGCACCAUCAAGCCUUGGAAGUCCUUCUGCAGUCUCUGGUGGACCUGGAUAUCAGGGAUGAGAAGGGUCGCACUGCCCUGGACCUGGCUGCCUUUAAGGGACACACAGAGUGUGUGGAAGCACUUAUCAAUCAGGGCGCAUCCAUCUUUGUGAAAGACAACGUAACCAAAAGAACCCCUCUUCAUGCCUCAGUAAUUAAUGGUCAUACACUGUGUUUGCGGCUGCUACUAGAAAUCACAGACAACCCAGAAGCUGUUGAUGUGAAAGAUGCCAAAGGACAAACCCCACUGAUGCUUGCAGUAGCCUAUGGACACAUCGAUGCUGUAUCUCUGCUACUGGAAAAAGAAGCAAAUGUACAUGCUGUUGACAUUAUGGGUUGUACAGCCUUACAUAGAGGGAUCGUGACAGGACAUGAGGAGUGUGUGCAAAUGCUGUUGGAACAAGAAGUGUCGAUUCUCUGUAAAGACUCCAGAGGGAGGACACCCCUGCACUAUGCAGCUGCUCGUGGCCAUGCCACUUGGCUGAGUGAGCUACUUCCAAUGGCACUCUCUGAGGAGGACUAUUCUUUCAAGGAUAACCAAGGAUAUACCCCACUGCACUGGGCUUGUUACAAUGGUAAUGAGAAUUGUAUAGAAGUACUUUUGGAACAAAAAUGUUUUCGAAAAUUUAUUGGUAAUCCCUUCACUCCACUGCACUGUGCGAUAAUGAAUGAUCAUGAGAACUGUGCAUCAUUGCUACUUGGGGCCAUAGAUUCCAGUAUUGUCAAUUCUAAAGAUGACAAAGGCAGGACACCGCUUCAUGCAGCAGCAGUUUCAGAUCAUGUGGAGUGCUUGCAGCUUCUUCUGAGACACAGUGCUGAAGUGAAUGCAGCAGAUGAUUCAGGGAAGACAGCACUGAUGAUGGCUGCUGAGAACGGGCAGGCAGGCGCUGUGGAUAUUUUGGUGAACACUGCCCAGGCUGAUCUGACUGUUAAGGACAAGGACUUGAACACACCCUUACAUUUGGCUAGUAGUAAAGGUCACGAGAAGUGUGCCAUGCUAAUACUUAACAAGAUACAAGAUGAGAGCCUUAUUAAUGCGAAAAAUAAUGCACUGCAGACACCCCUCCAUGUUGCUGCGCGCAGUGGCUUAAAGGCAGUCGUUGAGGAGUUGCUGGCCAAAGGAGCCUGUGUACUCUCUGUUGAUGAAAAUGGUAUUGGAAUUAGCAGCUCAUGCCUAUUUCUCAGAAGUCAUACCCCGGCCCUGGCUUGUGCUCCUAACAAAGACGUGGCUGACUGCCUGGCCCUCAUUUUGGCUACCAUGAUGCCUUUUUCUCCAUCCAAUACAAUGACGGCUGUCAACUUCGUUUGUUUUAAAAAAGACAAUUUGAGCAGGACGACCCUCUCCAAUCUGGGUAGCAUGGCUAGCCUGUGCAGUAACAAUGUAGGCUCAGAGGAUGGGAACAAUGAAAAUGACUCUGAUUCAGAAACAUUUUAACUCUGGACUAUAGGAGUGAGUUUUCCUUUAAUCACCCAUGUUGACAGAAGGGAAAAAAGCUUGAAUUCCGGGUUUAUGUUAUAUCUAUGUGUUAUUCUGGGUCCACAUUUGCAGAAGCCAGCAGAAAAGGAAUUCACCAAUGAAGGGUGGGCAGUUUGACUCUAAGGCAAAGCAGUGAGACAUAUGGCCCCAUUUUGAUUUGUUUCAUGUUUUACUUAGAUUUAAGAUGCUCCAAAACUCUACCUCUCAUCUUAAUGAUAAAGAAACUUAUUUAAUUCUUUUUAUCUGGUGAUAAUGCAACUGAGAGGGAGCUCUUCUUUACGAAGAUUUUUUUCAUGUGCUCACUUAUCAGUGAGUUCUGAGAAGUCUGUCAAUGUAACAUUGAUGUCCCCAGGAAGAGAAGGAAGGGGUGGGUAAGAAAUGCCUGGAACCUCUUCUCAGUUAGAUGUUUACUUUCUCAAUAGAAGGCAAAGGUAAAAAUAAAAUAACCCUUUUAAGAGAGUCCAAUUAUUCAUAGCCUCUGUAUAGUGAAUACUUAAAUAUCCAGAAUUUCUUUCUAAGGAUUUAUAUUAUUAAAGUUACCAGAUGAAUGGAAAAAGUCAUUGAAAACUGAAAGUUGAACUUUCUUUUUUCUGUUUAACACAAAUACAACAGACAGUGCUCCAUCAACUUUACCUGUGACUAGAUUUAACUGAGUGAUUAAACCAAAGUCUAUCUAAUAAAAUAACAGUUGAAAAUUAAAUUGUACCAUACUGUUGAGACAUAUGUAAAAUUAGUAUGAGCCUACCCUUUAUUAAUUCAUCUGAAAUCAUAAUACUAACAUUUUACAAAUAUAAGCAUUGUUCAUCAAUAGUAAAAUGUUAAAUAAUCAUCUCAGUCAAGGACGAGCCAAGUACACAAAAGUGUGACUGUAAAAGGAAACAAUGAAAGUGGAAACAGAAAGUAAAAAUGUAAUAUAGAAAGUAUAGUAAUAUAGAAAUUAAAGACAAUUAAUAGUUGCUUGAUAAUGAAUAGUGAAUACUGUCUACUCCCUCUACCAAAGCUUCUAGGUCAAAUGGACCCCAUUUCACACCUGGAAUAGCUGUACAGAAGGAAGAAUGAGACUCUUUAGAAGUUAUGCACCUACACACACAUAUGUGUGUGUAUAUAUAAAUAUAUGUCUAUAGUUCAUCAACCAGCCGUACAUGAGGACCAAAAUGCUUCAGUCUAAAACAGAAGAUUUUAAUUGCUUCAAAAUGGAAGUGAGAACUGAAGUAGCUUUUCUGUGGAGUUAAAUGUAAUCUUUUUGUUUUACAGUCUUUGUUAUAUUUUAUAUUUCUUACAACACAGAUUUCUAGUUAAUGGCUUAACAUUUCUAAGUGAUUAUGUGUUGACCAAGACUUAUUAUUAUUAUUUUUUGCCAAACUAGAGAAAAUAUUCAUAUAAUUUUCUAUGUAAAUGUUUAUAUUUAUUUGAAAUUAAGCAAAAUGCUGAGGAAAUACCCAUUGUUUGUUCUCUGUUCGAAUUGCUAUGUGUCUUACUUGGAAUAAUGAAAAAGCAGAAAAAUAGAGAGAACUCUUCCUAGUCUAGGCAAUAGUCUAGGACCAAGUUUGGCAUUUCCACUGCUAAGUUUUUCAACGAACCCUCAGGUUCUUCUGUGUCAUUUUGGAGGAGGGGCACAAUAUCCACCCAUCAAUCAGCUCAAUCUGUAAUCAUUUUAGAACUUAAAUGAUACUGCAGUUCUUAUGCUCUUUUAUAAGAUGAAACUUCAAGUGCAUAGUGGAUCAUAUGCACCAAGGUGGUUCACAGAAAGAUACAGAAGUUAUCUUAAAUACACUGAAAAUCUUACAUAGUUCCAAUAACCUGUUGGGACUCCAUAGGUCUGUGCAUGAGCACAUGUGUCAAGAGGAGAAAUGAAAAUCACCAGCUCAAUUCUACUUUUCAUUGUGUAAGAUACAGGAAAGAAACAUGUCAAAUUAGUAUUCUCCAAUAACUGGAAAUUUUUACCAUGGAAAUUUCUGGGGUUUUUUUUAGUAUAUGGGAUCUUUUUUUAAAACAGUGUUUUAUCAUAUUUGUAUCAAAUACAGACACUGUAUUAUAUUUUUCAUCUCACUGUAAAAGAUUCUAAUCUUACUAUUUUAUUCUCCUGGAUUUAAUUUUAAAUUUACAAAUGAGAACUUGUUCAAUGGACAUACAGAAUUGAUAUUGACUUCACUGAAAAUCUUCAACAUUGCCAAUAUUUCUUUCUUUCUCCCUUUCUUUCUUUCUUUCUUUCUUUCUUUCUUUCUUUCUUUCUUUCUUUCUUUCUUUCUUUCUUUCUUUCUUUCUUUCUUUCUUUCUUGGUGUUGCCUUCCCUUCCACCCUCUGCCCUUGUGUUUGAUUAGAAAUUAAUUUUAAGCAAGUAUAUUGCUACUAAGCAAUCGUGACUUUAUUUUUACCAGAAGAGUAAAAAUUAAGGGAGACCCAUUGCUGAGGAAGCAUGAUAUCUUGUGAUGUCUUUUUCUAGAAGUGAAUGGAAAUCUUUUUUCAGUUGAUAGUUAAAGCAGAGAAUGGGGGUCAGGUUUUGGUGCACCUGUUUGAGCACACAUAUCACAGUGCACUAGGACCCAGGUUUAAGCUCCCAGUCCCCAUCCACAGGGGGGAGCUACACAAGCAGUGCUGCAGGUGUCUCUCUAUAUCUAUUCUUCUCUCAAUUUUUCUCUGCCACUAUAUAAUAAAUAAUAAAAAAGCAGAGAAUGAAAUGCCCGCUUUAGUGGAAAAGCAGCAUUUGCUUUUGUCCUAGAGUAGCACGGAGAACAUGAGUAGCAAAGCAGUGACAACCACAUGAAAUGGUCUCCACAGAGCUGCAUUUUGACUUUUAUUCACUUUUUUAUUUAUAGAAUGAAGGAGGACAAAGGAACAAAAUGAAAUCAUGUCCACUAAGAAUCGUUCAUUGGAUCAGUCUCUCCUUUCAUCUUCCUCUUCCUCUAGCCCUCUCUUUUGUAUUUCUCUCUGCCACCCUUCCUUCCUCAUACUUGUUAUUUCCCUUUACCAAGACCAAACUUUUCCUUUAAGAAAUGACUUCAAAAACUUGAUUUCUGUGUUUUUAUGUACAUGUCUCAGAGGUAAAAUUAGACUUGCAUUGUAUCUAAGAAACCAAAAACUUUUAGACAUGUUAGUUUUUUAGUACUUUCACCUAAAUGCAUUGUUUUUUAGACUGUAUUUUCACCACAGCCACAGGAAUCAUGUUUCACUGCACUUACUUAUUCACCAGUGUCAGCCUGUCCUUGAUAAAUAUAUUACUAUCUCCAGUUUGCCUAAAACCUGCUAUAAUUCUAAAGUAAAUAGCUCAGGGGAUUUUUAUGCAUCACUACUAACAGGGCACCAUAGUAUGUUUUGGUACUGUCAGCAGUAAAGAGCUGCUUGUUUUAUUAUUUCAUUAUUUAAUUAGAAUAAGAACAUCAAAUGGAUUUGCUGCACUAGUUAUUCUUUGUACUGUUAAGCAACUUGGUUUGUUUAUUUGCUGUGUUGUUGAAGAACUCACUCCUUUUUUGUCCUGUAAUAUGAAGUUAGAGUGCCUUUUACAUUUGUAUAUUCAGAAAAUGUUCAGUGAGAUGUUUUGCAUUUUUUCACUUGUGUGUUAUCAGAGCAAUAUGAUACUAGUGAGUUUUGAACAUUUCUUUGAAUGUAUAAAGUGUCUUUUUUUUCUAUUUCACCUCUUACCUUCUUUGAAAUGAAAAUGCUAAAGGUUUCUAUAGGAAUUAUGUUUGAUUUUGCAGUGUCAAAAUGCUUUUUUUCUCACAAAACUAUAAACCAUAUAUCAGUGUUAUAGGGGAAAAGCGUACUAAGAUAGUGACAAUCUUGAGUGUAUGUAUGUAUGUAUAAAAAUGUAAUUGUAUGUGUUUCUUAUGCAGUCAUUUACAAAUUCAGUGCAAGUAGCUUUUUUGUUUGGUAGUUUUGUCUACAUAUUUGAUGCUUUAUAUCUUUGCAAAGCACGAUGAUAAAAAUCUGGUGCCAGUGUUCUAUUUUGCAUAACAUAUUUGUAAAAGCAUAAAAUAAUGUUUGAUUAUUUCAGUGGGAUUUUGUCUGUAAUGUUUUCUUGUGUUAAUUGAGUUGAAUGACUGGUAAAUGUCAUGACUAUAAAAAUGAGGACAAUGACUUUUAGUUCAGUGAGUGACUUUGAACCAAUCUUCUCAAGCACAGUUUAAUACUUUUUCAACUACUGAAUGCUAAUAAUGUAAUGAAGUGCUUAACUGUAAUAUACUGUGGAAAUGCAUUCAGAUUGUUAUUUUUUACAAAUAAAGAUGGUACAAAUAUUGUU